AUUCCUAGAACAAAUUGAAACCGGAAGUGCUCAAGGGAAAGAACUGACUUUGUUAUUCUUGUGAUAGGCAUGUGUCAUUAUGGCAUUGACCAGACUUUUAUAUAUGAAUUAUCUUCACAGUGGUCCAAACGAAUUAGCAUGCAUCAUUAAGAGGUCUUCUCCACGGUGUAUUUUUCAAAACAACCAAAAACUCCUUAGAUGUGAGAAAAUAACAUGGUCAAAUCUCCUUUACAAAGGUCAUCUUACCCAGGCUAGGAAAGACUUACCAAAAUGGAAUCUCUUAUCAAGACUGUCAAACAGGUUAAAUAAAAAUUUAUAUAGAGAUAAAAGACAAUUUAAUACAACAUCAAGACUGUCAAAUGUGAUUAAGGAAAGUGCCAGUAAAGACAAUUCAGGAUGGAGAAGGACAAAAGCUCUCUUAGGGGCAAAAAAUGUGCGAAUGUUGAAGAAAAUGAUGCAUUAUGUUUGGCCUAAAAAUAAUGUCAAAAUUAAAGUUAGAGUGGUAAUUGCCUUAAGUUUGCUAGUUGGAUCAAAGAUUGUCAGUGUUAUGGUACCCUUUAUAUUUAAAUGGGCUGUUGAUAAUUUGAAUGAGGCGUCUGGAGAUACACUAAAUUUAAAUGACACACCAACUGCUAUUUUAAGUUUGUCAACAGCUCUGUUAAUUAGUUAUGGCCUUGUGAGACUGACAGCAUCAUUUAUGAAGGAAAUGCAGGACUUUGCUUUUGCUGAAGUAGCAGAGAACACUAUAAGACGUAUAGCACAAAAUAUUUUUGUUCAUCUUCACUCUUUAGACCUGUCGUAUCACCUUUCAAAAAAGAAAGGAGAAUUAACUAAAGCUAUCGAUCGUGGAUCAAGGGCCAUAGAACCUGUACUCAAAGGAGUUGUGUUUAGAAUAUUUCCAACGUUCUUGGAGGUUGGCUUAGUGACAGGUAUCCUGGGCUAUAAGUUUGGAGGUGGAUUUGUUGCAGUAACACUUGGUUGUGUGGGUUGUUACAUAGUGUUUACCUUUAGAAUGACAGAAUAUAGAACAAAAUUUAGAAAACAGAAAAACAAAGCUGACCAAGAUGCGGGUAAUAUAGCUAACGAUUCCUUGGUGAAUUAUACCACAGUUAAGUAUUUUACCAAUGAAAAAUUUGAAGCAAAGAAGCAUGAAGAGACUCUUGAAAGAUUUGAAAAAGCAUCACUGCAGAUAACUAAAACAUUAUCGUUGUUAAAUUUUGGACAGAAUGCUAUAUUCAGUGUAGGAUCAUCGAUUGUAAUGGUUAUGGCGGCUCAACAAAUUCUUGGAGGUACUAUGACUAUAGGUGAUUUAGUGAUGGUAAACGGACUACUUAUACAGUUAACUGUACCACUGAACUUCCUAGGGUCAACAUAUAGAGAUCUUAAUCAAGGAUUUGUAGAUAUGGAAAAUAUGUUUGCAUUGAUGGAGAUACAGCCAAAAAUUAAAAAUAAAUUAAAUGCUCCUGUUUUAAUAGCAACACCAUCAGAAUCUGCAAUUAGUUUUAAGGAUGUACAUUUUGAGUAUCUACCAGGACAAAACAUUUUGAAUGGUUUAUCAUUUGAUGUACCCUCAGGGAAGAAGGUCGCCAUAGUUGGAGGAAGUGGAUCUGGAAAAUCCACAAUUGUUCGUUUGUUGUUUCGUUUCUUUGAUCCACAGCAAGGAUCUAUACAUAUCAAUAACCAAUCCAUUGACGCUGUGGAUUUACAUAGUUUACGUAAAGCUAUUGGUGUAGUGCCACAGGACUGCAUUUUAUUCCAUGAUACUGUAUUCAGUAAUAUACAGUAUGGGGACUUAGAGAAAACUGCUGAAGAAGUGUAUGAAGCUGCUAGAGUGGCCAAACUCCAUGAUUCAGUCAUAAACCGAUUCCCAAAUCAAUAUGAUACUUUAGUCGGAGAAAGGGGAUUGAUUUUAUCAGGUGGUGAGAAGCAGAGAGUAGCUAUUGCAAGAGCUAUAUUAAAGAAUCCCCCUAUCAUUGUAUAUGACGAGGCAACAUCAUCCUUGGACACCAUUACUGAGCAGGAUAUUCUAAUGGCUUUGAGGAGGAUUACCAGAAAACAUACCACAAUUGUGAUUGCACAUAGACUUUCAACAGUAGUUGAUGCAGAUCAGAUCUUAGUGUUAGAAAAUGGUAGUGUAGCAGAAAAAGGAACCCAUUAUGAACUUUUAUCUAACCCAAAUAGUCUGUACUGUGAUCUGUGGGCAAAACAAAAUCAAUUAUUGACAGAAAAAGAUGCUGAUAAAACUGAGAAAAUUCUACUUGAAAAUAGGCCUGUUGAUAAAAAAGAUAAGGGUGUCACUGAAGAAUGAUGCAAGUGUAAAUUAGGAUUCUAUUUAUAAUUGUUAAAAUAUUUGUUAUAGUAUUCUGUGUUUAAAAGAAGGUAUUAUUUUUUUAUUAUACAUAAUUCAUUUGAGGUGUUGCAUUUUUCUGUAGAAUUCAGGUAAAAGUAGAUAAUUUGUUAACCAAAAGAAGUAGGCAGCAACUUAAACUUUUAUAUAACUAGUAUUUAGAAAGAGCAAAUGUGUCAGUUGUAUUCAUUUAUUUAGGAAAAUAAAGAUUUUUUAUUUAG